UGGUGGAGUGGUGUGUUGGGGAUGGCGAUCGGUUUAGCCGGGCAAAAUAUUCGGCUAAAGACGGCACUGGCAAAUCAAGCGUAGUGGACUGGGGGGGGUGAGAUGGAGGAAAGGCAAUAUUUUUUUGGAUAUUUGGUCUGGGAAGCCGCAACAGAAGCCCUGGAGACAAAGGAAAUCGUAUGGACGGGGCGAUUUAGGGUUUAAAAAAAAUUUAAAAUGGCUCUUUCUGUAGUGGAUUGAGUUAAAGAUACUGUCUUGGUGGAAGUGGAGGAUAGUGGGGUCAUCAUAAUCAUAAUAUUAUUGUUCUGCGUAGCAGCAGACGGGCGAACCAUGGCAGAGGUCGCAUCAACAGUAUACAGGAAAGACAAACGGUAUCUGUCUGCAGAAUUAAGAAAGCGAAAGUUUUUACUAUAAUGGAAGCGGCCGCGGACAGCCUUUUCACAUCGUAGAGGAAGGAGGCUCGGAUUCCUUUCGGAGGUCGAUUAAUGGCAGUUUAAUGAUAAUGACGGUACAGUAGAUCUAACUGCUUGUGGCUGAAGAAGAAAAAUUGUGAAAUGGAGCCGAUGAAUAACGGAGCUUCUUCUGCUCAGGCCUCGGCGCUUUACUUGGGGGAGUAUGGCGACGCAAGCGUAAGCUCAAUGAUGGCGCUUAUAACCCAGGGUGAAGGCCAGAGUGCGCCUCUUCAAAGCUGUUUUUCCUCAUUUUAUAACAGAGGGGGAAUAUUUGAGGCAGAACGGCCGCAACAGCAGUCUGUUUCUUCUUUAUUGAACAGUGACAGUACGGCCGUUGGUGCCGUUUGUUCUCUGCCUUUGGUAAAGACGGAAAGAGAUUUCUCUGAAAUUUCAGCACCGUUCGAAUUCUACAGAGAAAAAUGCUUCACGGAGCCGGCGUCCAUUCAAAUGGUAAGCAGCUCGGCGCUCACUUCUUUGGCCUCGUCGGGUAGCCCUCAUUUGAGUAGGUCUGCGAAGGAUGAAGAGGAAAUGGAGGCUGUAAAGGCGAAAAUUUUAGGGCAUCCGCAGUAUCCUUGCUUGCUGGAAGCUUAUGCCAAUUGCCAAAAGGUCGGAGCUCCUCCAGAAAUUGUGGUUCGCCUAGAUGAAGUUUGUAAAGAGCAAGAAGAUCGAGAAACGAAUAUGAGCAUCGGAAUGGAUCCAGAGCUCGAUGGAUUCAUGGAGGCUUACUGCGACGUGUUGAGUAAGUACGAGGAAGAGCUUACGAAGCCUUUCAAGGAAGCCAUGGCAUUUAUUAAGAAGAUCGAAACUCAGCUCAAUUCGCUCACGAAGGGGACGAUAAAGAUCUUUCCUUCAGCCGAGAGUGAUGACAAAACAGAGGGAGGUGGAUCGUCAGACGAGGAAGAUUGCAGCACCGGUGAACUCGAGUGCCAGGAGGUGGAUCAAAAUUCACAAGACAGAGAAUUGAAGGAUCGCCUGCUUCGUAAAUAUAGUGGAUACAUAAGCAGUCUUAAACAGGAUUUUAUGAAGAAGAAAAAGAAAGGAAAGCUACCAAAGGAAGCACGGCAAAAACUACUUGAUUGGUGGGAUCUGCACAACAAGUGGCCAUAUCCUUCGGAGACUGAAAAGGCAGCUUUGGCCGAGUGUACCGGGCUGGAUCAGAAGCAAAUAAACAACUGGUUUAUAAACCAAAGGAAACGUCACUGGAAACCUCCUGAAGAUACACCAUAUGUGUUAAUGGAUGCUCAUGGUUCUGCCUUGUACAUGGAAAGACAUCUCAUGACUGAUGGCUCCGCCUUUCAUUUUGAUUGUUAGCUCAACAAUGUUGUUUUCAGCAAUUGAUGUAUGGCUUUAACUUUUCUGGCCUUUCAAUUAGAACACUUAACACUGUUCCAAAAACAACAAAAUUGAAGGGCACUAUUUAUGACUCUUAUAUUAUUAUCAAUUUUAUGUAAAUUGUUCAUAUAUUAUUUCUUGAA